AUGCUCUCGUGGUAUGAUCCCCGUGUGGCUGGCCUUGUUCCAAAGGAUGAAACAGUACGCACCCUCUCCGAAGAACAAGCAGGUGACAUGAUGUGGACACCUGACAUCGUCGUGACAAACACAGAGCUUCAUGGAGAUCGUGUUGUUGCAACCAGCUUCCAGGAAGACUUUAAUGGCAAGGAGUCCCUUACGAUAGCCAGGCGCUGCACGUUCUUCUAG